AUGGCACCCAUUCACAAACCCCUCGACCGCUCCACCACCUUCGAUGCCAUGCUCUCCGUCAGCCCUGCCGUGGGCCCCGUCGUUCUUCUCAAUAUCAUUUCGCUUCCCCAGGAGCAAAUAAGGACGCCCGGCUACAUCUCCACUCAAUUGCAUGGCGCUAUUGGAGAUGGCAAUUUUAUCGUCAACUACGCCGUUUGGGAGAACAAUGGGGACUUGAAGAACGCCUUGUAUCAUCCCGAGUUUAGGGAGAUCUGCGAGGAUUUUCCGGAUGGCACUGAGUUCCGCGCAUGUGUUUUGCAGAAAGAGGCUAUUCCUGGAGUUUGCGUGGGGUUGUGA